UUACGGUUCGGACAGAAAAACCAGCAAAUUUGAAAACCGCCAUUGGAUCGUUAAACCGGCCGGAAACCGGUCGGUCGAACCGAACCGUGACCCGGCCGGUUUUUGAAUCUUAACAAAAACGAUGCGUUUUGUUGUGCAGGGAUGGCAACCCUAAGUUCCCUAACCCCUCUUCCUUCUAGUCUCCAGGACAACGCGAAGCAGCAGUCCAGAGUCCAGACUGUAGCCCCAAUUCGUCUCAACCUCAUCGAAGCCGCCGGCGCAUGUCCGUCCAGCCACCGCCGCCGUCCCAACUUCGAGCUUCGAAGGCAACGGCGCAACGUCCGUCCAGCCACCGCCAUUUGAGCUUCGAAAAUUGAAGCCACCGUCGCCGGUCUCGCCUCUUGCCUCCGUCGCGCAGCCACUUCCCGCCGGUGCCAGCUCUGUUCCACACCACCACGUCGGCUACUGUCUUCCCAGCCACUGUCCCCAGCCACUUCCACACCCUCGCCAGCUCUGCCCUGUUCCAGCCUUCCAGGAUCCAGCUUCUAGCCUAGCUGUCAUUGGAGCCAUUCACACAACCACUUUGGCCAAGCUCUCUGCUAAAAGGCAAGAAGUUCUUUCUCCAGCAGGCAACAUUGUUGAACAGAUGCCAUUCUUGAGUACUUCCUAGAAGCUGCAAUGAACAAUUUCAGAAUUGGUCGUGUUCAUACCCUGGCCCAAUGAUAAGGGCUCAGGUCCAGCUAAAAGGCAUAAUCCGAUAGAUUAAGCCCAGCUAAGCACCGACCUUCACAUAAGAAGUCGGUGUCCACUACGACUCGCCUUAAAGAAGUCGGGCAUGAGAUUAACUGGCAAAAGGGCACUCAUCCAAAUGAGUAACCGCCCCUAAAAUCUCUCUAACCGCUUCAUAAAGCCAUAUCUUAACCUCCCAAAGAUAAAGGGACGGUUAACAUCCUAAAGAUACGGCACUACUCCAACGGUGGUUAUUGGCUCACCACUAUAAAUACGCUGACACUCCUCAGGUAUCUCUAAGCCCAAUACUCUCUAGACCUGCUCACACCCUUGCUAACUUAGGCAUCGGAGUGUCUUUGCAGGUACCACCCCCCAUUCACUCGCAAACACAAGUCGGACGGAAUCUCCCGAGCUGCAUACUCGGACAGAAACUUCUUCCUUCACACGUUUGGGCCGGCCAACGCCAUCCGUCCAAUCAAUCUCCGGUUACCCACCGUAACAUUGGCGCCGUUGCCGGGGACCCGAGAGAUCAUCCAUUGAUGGCGGACAGAUCCCACGAAGAAGGUCAUGUGGAAACGGAUUCUGAGCAAGAGAAUCUGGACACGGGCAAUAACGAUGUGGAUCUAGAUCUUCACCAGGAAGUUAACAAUCAGCAUAGAGAGGGCACCUCCGGGGUAAAAAACCCGAAGGUAAAUUCCUCAGACGGGCGCGCAUCAGAAAAGGAAGGACCCUCCCAUGUAGCUGAACUCAUGGGGUUAGUCCACAGCCGCCUGAAACAACUAGAACAAGAGCGGGAACGACAAAAGGAAACUGAAAAGUACCUAAAAGAGGAGACGGAACGGUGAAAAGAGUUAGAAAGGAAACUCUUAAAGCUGGAAUCUUCCCUCAAGAGUCACAACCCCCGCGACGAACAAGAGGAGCCCCUCUUGGGUGAAGAGGAUCCUUUCAGCGAGGACAUAAUGAGGGCAAAAGUUCCAAGAAACUUCAAAAGCCCGGAUAUGGACCUCUACGACGGAACCACGGAUCCCAAGCAUCACCUAAGCAACUUCAAAAGUCGGAUGUACCUAGCUGAUGCCUCCGACGCUACGCGAUGCAAAGCUUUUCCGACCACUUUAUCCAAGGCAGCGAUGAAGUGGUUCGACAGCCUUCCCCCGAGAUCAAUCACUAGCUUUGAAGACCUCUCAAGGAAGUUUCUGAUGAGGUUUUCAAUCCAGAAAGACAAGGUGAAACAUGCACCGAGCCUCUUGGGAGUAAAACAGGAGGUCGGAGAAUCUUUACGAGCCUAUAUGGAAAGAUUCAACAAAGCGUGUUUAGAGAUCCAAGACUUGCCUACAGAGGCAGUCAUAAUGGGGCUAGUCAAUGGGCUCAGAGAAGGUCCCUUCUCACAGUCCAUAUCUAAAAGACACCCCGUUUCUUUAAGUGAUGUACAAGAGAGAGCUGAAAAGUACAUCAAUAUGGAAGAAAACGCCAAGUUAAGAGACCUGAGUUGGCGACCUGGACCUCUUCCCUCAACUAAAGAAAGGGAAAGGGAAGCCAAGAGAAAAGAAGAACUCGGUCUCGAGAGGCUAAGGAAAUAUCACUCUUAUACUCCACUGAAAGUUUCCAUAGUGGAUGUAUACAGAGAGAUUUGCAACACUGAAAGACUGCCACCCCCUAGACCCAUCAAAAAUAAAAAAGGGGGGAGCCGCAGUGACUAUUGUGAGUACCAUAAAAUAUAUGGUCACUCCACUAACGACUGUUACGACCUAAAGAAUGUGAUAGAAAAGCUGGCUAGAGAAGGUCGGCUUGAUAGAUAUCUCAUAGAAAGGUCGGACGGUCACGGAAAGAGAAAGCGAGAUGAUAUGGACAGAAGAGAUCCACCACCGCAGACCCCAGAGAGACAUAUCCAUAUGAUCUCAGGAGGAUUUGCAGGAGGUGGACUCACCAAAUCCUCUCGCAAAAGACACCUCAAAAGAGUUUACCAGGUCGGGGAAGAGUCGCCCGACCUUCCUACCAUUUCAUUCACAAAAGAAGAUGGGCAAGGAAUAAUCCCUGGACACGAUGAUCCAGUGGUAAUAACUAUGAUCCUAGCAAAUGCCCAUCUCCACAGAACCCUAGUAGACCAAGGAAGCUCGGCGGACAUUCUCUUCAAGCCUGCUUUCGACAAACUAGGGUUAGAAGAGAAAGAAUUAAGAGCCUACCCUGACACCCUAUAUGGAUUAGGGGACACGCCAAUAAAACCACUGGGAUUCAUGCCCCUCCACACCACUUUUGGAAAAGGGGAAAAAUCAAAGACUCUGAGUAUAGACUUCAUAGUCAUCGACGUGGGGUCAGCUUAUAAUGCCCUAAUCGGUAGAACUACCCUCAAUCGACUCGGAGCAGUGGUAUCUACCCCUCACCUCUGCAUGAAAUUCCCGACCUCAGCGGGAAUAGCAACGGUAAAGGGAGAUCAAAAGCUAGCAAGGAAGUGCUACAAUGAAAGCCUAAACCUAAGAGGAAGGGGCAGAGAAGUUAACACAAUAGAGCUCGGCGGUGCAAAGGCCAGAGAAGAGCUGCGACCACAACCGGGAGGAAAAACCGAGGAGAUACAGGUUGGUGAAGAGGAAGGGAAAAACACUCAUAUAGGAGCCAACCUAGGGAAAACUCUAAAACAAGGGUUGACUAAGCUCCUAAGAGAUAAUUCCGACUUCUUCGCCUGGAAGGCCUCCGACAUGCCUGGGAUUAACCCAGAGCUCAUGUCCCACAAGCUCUCGUUUUAUCCCGGAUCCCGACCUGUACAACAAAGAAGACGCAAGCUCGGCCCAGAACGAGCCCUAAUAGUAGAAGAGCAAGUACAGGCGCUCUUGGAAGCCGGCUUUAUCAGAGAGGUCAAGUACCCAACAUGGCUAGCCAAUGUAGUGCUAGUCAAAAAACAGAAUGGUAAAUGGAGAAUGUGCGUCGACUAUACCGACCUAAAUAAGGCAUGUCCUAAGGACCCUUAUCCCCUACCAAGUAUUGAUACCCUAGUGGACUCCAGCUCAGGGUACCAAUACUUGUCAUUCAUGGACGCCUACUCGGGAUAUAAUCAAAUCCCGAUGUAUGAGCCCGACCAAGAGAAAACAUCAUUCAUCACACCUCGAGCUAACUAUUGCUACGUGGUCAUGCCAUUCGGAUUAAAUAAUGCAGGAGCCACAUAUCAAAGGUUGAUGAAUAAAGUGUUUUCCUGGGGACCUUGAUGGAAGUAUACGUCGACGACAUGCUAGUGAAAACCAAGAAAGAAGUCGACCUCUUAUCUGACCUCUCACAAGUCUU